AAAAAGUUGCACUCUUGAAUACUCCAUGAUGUGAUUGCCACACACGAAAAAUAGAUGUUGCGGAGGAAGUACAGAUUCGUGGUACUCCUAUGUGCCCUGUGGAUACUAGGCUUACUAGUCUUUGUAUUAAAGGGCGCAGGGAAUCAGGAUUCAUUUUCUGGAGGAGUACCAAGGGAUGUUGUUGAGUUUGUUGAAAAAGUCCCUCAUGAUACAGAAAUCCGUGAACCACCAGAACCAAAGAUCUCGGAUCAAAAAGUACCAGUUUUUUUGAAUAAGUUGAAACCAGUAGAAAUAAUAAAAGCAAAAAUACAGCCAUUACCUGAUGGACCUAAUGAUGUUUCAUGGCGUGAAUUUGAUGAGAAAUCUUACGUUGAUAAAACUAGGUGUAAUGUUGGAGAGGACUGCUAUGCUAAAAAUAAAUAUAAUCAAUUAGCCAGUGAUAAUUUAAAAAGUAACCGAGGUGUUAUAGACACUCGACACACAAAAUGUCGUGGUAAACCAUAUCGCUCAGAUCUUCCGUCCACAAGUGUAAUCAUAACAUUCCAUAAUGAGGCCAGGUCAGCUUUAUUACGAACUGUGAUAAGUGUUUUCCAAAGAAGUCCAGAGACUCUGAUAGAUGAAAUCAUUCUAGUAGAUGACUAUAGUGAUGAUCCAACUGACGGGUUAGAACUUGCAUUAAUAAAGAAAGUGAAGAUAAUUAGAAAUGAGAAAAGACAAGGUUUGAUAAGAUCAAGGGUCAAAGGUGCAAAUGCAGCUAUAGGUCCAGUAUUAACCUUUCUAGACAGUCACUGUGAAUGUAACGACCAUUGGUUGGAACCUUUGCUGGACAGGGUAGCUGGGGAUAGGAAGCGAGUUGUAAGUCCCAUUAUAGAUGUUAUCAAUAUGGAUAACUUUGAUUACAUUGGUGCAUCUGCUGAUUUAAAGGGAGGUUUUGAUUGGAAUUUAGUGUUUAAAUGGGAUUACAUGACGCCUGAAGAAAGAAAUAAAAGGGUGAAUAAUCCAAUAGCUCCAAUCAAAACACCUAUAAUAGCUGGUGGAUUGUUUACCAUUGAGAAAAGUUGGUUUAAUGAACUAGGGAAAUAUGAUAUGAAGAUGGACGUCUGGGGAGGAGAAAAUUUAGAAAUAUCAUUCAGAGUUUGGCAGUGUCAUGGACAGUUAGAGAUAAUACCCUGUAGUCGAGUGGGACAUGUGUUCCGUAAACAACAUCCAUAUACAUUCCCUGGUGGAAGUGGUAAUGUGUUUGCAAGAAAUACAAGAAGAGCUGCUGAAGUAUGGAUGGAUGAUUAUAAAGAAUUUUAUUUUGCUGCUGUGCCUUCUGCUAAAAUGGUGCCAUUUGGAGAUAUAUCAGAAAGAAUAGAGUUAAAGGAAAGAUUACAAUGCAAACCUUUUAAAUGGUAUUUAGAAAAUGUUUAUCCUGAACUCAAAGUGCCAGGUGGAGGAGAUUUAGCCUUUGGAAGUAUCAGUCAGGAUAAAAUGUGUGUAGAUACACUUGGCCAUUUUGCAGAUGGAACUCUGGGUAUUUUCCCAUGUCACUUUGCUGGGGGUAAUCAAGAAUUUUCUAUGAGUAAAGAUGGUCAGAUUCGUCAUUUAGAUUUAUGUGUGACAGUAGUUGGAACAGACCCUGGUACACCAAUAAAGUUAUUCCAGUGCCAAGAAGGCAGAACUAUUCAGUACUGGAAGAGGAGCCAUGAUGAUACCAUGUUAGAACACAUAGAGACCAAGUUAUGUUUAGACAGUCAAGAAGUUCAGACAAAAGGACUUGUACUUAAUCCUUGUAAUACAAGAUCCAUGACCCAGAAAUGGAAGUUUCAGCUUAGUAAGAGAACAUGAUGAAAACAAAUAUUAGAUUGUUAUUUAUGACAGAACUCUAGUAUUUUAAAAGAUUUUAAUCAAGACUAAUUCUACAAAAAUUAUAUACCAAAGUAAAGCUUUAUAAGAAGGAAGUCCGAUUUAAAAUUGUAUGCUGUAGAAAGAAUGCAUGGUACUAAAUCUGACAUCUUUUGGACUGUCUUAAUGAAAUGGCUGCAAGUUUACAGGUUACAGUUAUUAGGGUAACAGAUUUUGUUAAAACUUUUUAUUCUUUAAGAAUAAAAAAAGAAAUAUUUUGACAAAGUGCUAAACCCCCCUCGUUACACACACACACACACAAAGGAAAUGAAAAAGAGACAAUCAUAUUAUUUUAGUGUUUGAAAAUUUAAAAAACAUAUCAUGACGACUUAAAGAACAUCAACAAAUCCAAGAUUGCUUCCCCUUUCUCUUUAUAUGCUUGGUAAUUAUAAGAUAUCGUUCAAGAGAUUUGGAAUGAUUGUCAAUAUCCACCAUCGUCCACUCACUUUAGGUGAUUCCAACAGAAACGGUGAAUCCUAGUAAAUAUAUAUUUUAUGAUACAUUUUAUACCUACUUACAUAGACACAAGUUAUUAGAAUUUUCCUAUAGAGACAGGUUUACAACGACACAAAUUUUUUAUGUUUUUUGUUUGUUUUUUAAUUAUAUACAUUCCAUUAAGUUUCCUUACUAGAAGGUCCAGCUGCUUUUAAAAACCUUUUAUGACCUUAGCUUUAAGCUGUUUUUCUUAUUUAUUUUCUUUUAUAUAUGUGACUCAUGCAAUUUGUGUUAAAAUUAAAAUAAAUAGUAUUAGAUUAUUGAUACCAAGAAGCCCAAUUAUAUUUUGUCAAAAAUAUUUAUAAAACCAUUAUUGUAUACUUUCCUGUGAUAUAUAUUUGUAAGAUAGAAAAUUAUUUUGAAAAAAGUUUGUCUAUUGAUGUUCAAACUGGAAAGUAGACCAUGUUAUUAUUGUGCAGAUUGAAAGAUAAACAAUCAGUCUUGCAGCAGCUGAUUGAAAACUGGUGAUUGUUUGUGUAUUCAUUGAUUUGAAGGGAUCAUAUAUGAUACUAUGAAUUGAAAAACUUAAAAAAAUUAGUUUAUCUCUUGUAGAAUUUUUUUUAUUUUAAAUUCCAAAAGGGUAAAGUACUGUAGAUACUUUAAGGUGAUUGUAAUGUCAGUUUGUUUUUAGACCUUUAUUUACAUAUCUCUGUCACUAGGGCAGCUUCAAGUUUCUGUAUUUCAGAGGAAAUCAUUUGACAUAAGUUAGCAUAAUCAUUAAAGGGGCAUUAGCUAUCAAAUUCAUGAUCACCGAUUGACUUAAAUUCUCAUAUUUGAUAUAUAACAUACUAAAACUUAAAUCAAAAUUACAAAAAGUAAAAAAAACAAACAAAACAAUUAACAAUACAUGGAUUUGAUAUAAUGAAUCAGCAUUUUGUGCGUAAUUUAGACCAGAUGCCAUCUAAUUAACCAUCAAGAUUACCUCCGAAGACUGCUGAUAGUCAUUCGACCCGAUAUAAACAUAAAUAUAAAUAAACUGAGAAGCAAGAGGAGUUGUGUUAUUGCAAUUUUUCCAGGUCUGUUUGAUUUAAGGUCAUAGAUUUGAAUCAUGAUUUAACCCGUAUAUGAAUGAUUUCUUGUGGACUGAAUCUGUCAAAGAAAUGGGUUUUUUUUUUAUGGUGGCACCCUUGUUUAACUUCAAUGUUGACAUUCUUUUCUUUUAAUAACCGAACACGCUUAUGGCAUGCAUGUUCUUGGUCUUUGUUUGUCCAAAUUGAACAAAACUGACUGCUAAUAACGAAAUAUUAUUUCAUUAUUCCACUUUUAUAACUGUUUGUAACAAAAAAAAUCUUAUUUUAUUUUUUUGUCUAAAUGACAGCUAAUGCUCCCUUAAGUAAUAUGUUAUUGAAUACAACCUAUACAGUAUUUCAAGGCCAAUUCAAAUUGCCUUAAGAAUGUAAAAUCUUUUCAUCAUUAAUUUUAGUUAAAAUUCAUCAGAAAUAUUUUUCUAGUAUGUUUAUAGAAAAUAACAAGUUUGUAUUGUCCAUGUACUUAAUUCUUAAAUGUUAUAUACCAAAUACUUAACUGUUAUAAUUGUCUUUAAUUUAUUUAAGUUUGUAAUGUAUAUUAAAUAUGUGAUUAAAUAAUGUUAAUUUUAACAGAUUCAAUGAAUUAUUUAAAACAGCAUUAAAAAAUGGCUUUAAUUCAAUAUGCAACUGAUGGUUGCAAAUGUUUGUAUUUGUCAAUUUUUGAGUAUUCUUGCAUAUAGUUAACGUUGGCAUCACACCAACGAAAGUUGUUUUUAUUCUAUGCCGAAUAACAAUGAUAAAUAUAUUAUGGACAUUCACUGCAGAAUUAACCAAAUUUUGGGUGAUUAUUGUUCCAGUCAAGCUAACAUGACGUCCUUCCUGCUGUAGACAAGUUCUUGUUUAAACAAGUGUGCUUUAUACUUUCAUAGAAUUACAAGUGUAGAGCUGUGUCAUGAAUUACUAUGUCUUCCAGUGUGAGACAAUCUUUAUUUUUUUCUUGUGUGUCAUUCAUUAUUUAAAAACCAUAGCAUGCCUUAAAAUGGUGACACAAAAAUUAUAUGUUUGCUCAAACUAGUGAUUACCCACCUCUAUUAUUUUGUAUCUUUUUUUUUCUAGCAUUUUGUCUUGUUUGUAUGUCAAUAUUGUUCAUAUUACAUGUAUCAAAAAAAUCAAAUCUAGUCCUUUUUAUACAGGAUCUUCAUCUCUUAUAGUUAAUCUAUCAAAUUUGUGUUCUUGUUAAUAAUUGAAAUAUUAGAAUUUAUUGUAGACUUUAUAGGGGAAUAAGUAGCUUUAAACAUCAGAUAACUUGUGAUUUUAUGAUUUGUUAGUCAUAUAACAGGUCUGCACAAAAAAAUGAAUAUAACCAUGAUAGUCCAGUGUCAUUAUAUUCCAAAUUGAUUUUCAUUCUCCCAAAUUUUGAAAGUUCUAUGAUACUGCUGCUUGUCAAAGCAGAUUGUUUACUAUGAAUAUAUCUUUAUUGAGAAAAGCUUUUAACUACAUGUAAGACACCUAAAAAACAAAAGUGUAGUAUUAAAAAAAUUUUUUUUUUAAAUUGAUGUGUAUUACCCAGGAUAUUUUUUUUCAAGUACUAAAAGGUGCUAGAGGUUACUGCCAAAAUUUUUUAUAAAAAUAGAAUAUAAUUUUUCAAACGUUAAUUAUAAAAUGUUUAAAAACAUAAAUGUGUGAUAUUUAUUACAUGUUUCAGUUUCAUUCUGUUGGAUAUAAAUAGAUUUUAAUCAUCAAACAUUGCAUUGUCAUACUCUGAGCUUUAUCAUUGUCCUCACAAUUUCAAUUGCGUCCAUAUGAAAUGGUAUUUACCAGGGGAAAAGAAUUUUUACAUAUGAUCGAUUUCAGGAAUAGCUUUAAUGUAAAGUUAGUUUAUUAGACAGAUCAUUUUAAAUAUGUCUGAUGCUAAAAUUCAGAUCAACUACAUUUUCAUAGAUAAUGCAUUCUUCAGUAGAGAAUGUAUAGAAUAUCAAAAUUAUAGAAUUGUAAAGAUUGUCCUGUGUGUAGUCUUUUAUAUAAAAUCAGUUGAAAAAGUCAACUUUUUGGGCAGGAAAAUGUCAAUAUUUUCACACGAAAUUUAUGGUGCAGAAUUGGAAGUUAAAACUGUAUGAAUAUUUAUUAAAAAAAUAUAAACUUUAAAAUAUUUUGCAAGAACUCUUUAUGAGAUGAACAUAUUGAGAAAUGUAGCUGUUGCUAAGCAAUUUUUUGGGUAAAGAUUGCAUGAAAUGCAAUCAAAACAUAUCUUAAUCUUCCAAGGUUUAUCACUAACAAAAUAGUGCAGUGAAGCAAUUAUUCUUUAGAUCCUAUUCAGUCAAAUACAUGCAAUUCAUUAAGGAUAUGUUAUAAAUAGAUAUUUAAGUUACGAUAUGAUGUGUAUUUGAAUUACCAUACUUGUCAAGAAAACUUUUCUUUCUUGAAAAUUACACAAGUAAUUCAUGGUGUAUGAAUCUGUUAUAAAAAUAGACUCAACUACAAAUGUACAGCUAAGAACAAAGGAAGAUAACCCCAGCUCAAAUUUAUCAUUUGCCUUUCUAAGUUUUAUUUUAAAUUCACAAAAUUGCAAAAUAAAAGCAAUCUUUACCCUUCAGUGCUCACAAGCACUUUGAUUUUAAUAUAUUGCCAAUGACAAAGCAAGCAGAGUAACAAUAUAUUUCUACUUUUUAAUUUGUCAUUCAGUUUAAUGUUAAACAAUUGGAAAAAUGAUCUGUAAUUGUGCAGGGCAUCUUUUUAUUUUACAAACGACAGUACAUUAUAUUGAUUAUGUUUGUAGAAAAAUUAUUAUCAGAAGAAAAAUCAAAUGUUGAUUUAAAUUACGGUGAAAUUAAGCUGAUUUUAGAAUAAUGUUAAAUUAAUAUAAUGUAUCAACAUAGAUUUAGAUAUACUGUUAAAUUUAACUUUUUUUUUUAAUAAUAUGAAAUAAUGUAAUCUUAUUGGGAUAUUAAACCAGCUGCACAGAUGAUCCUAAUAAUAUGGGAUAACAUUAAUCAUCAAAAUGCCUGGUAAAAUUUUUGAUGAAAGUUAUAAAAGUGCAGUGAUGGCAGUGGAGUUUUAAGGAUUAGGUUGUAGGUGUUAUUAUUGUCCAUGACAAAUCUACAAAAAGUAGAAUAGAUAUAUAUAUAUUUUCUGAAAAACAUAGAAAAUUUCAUUAUUAGGGUUGAGGGUUUUAUUCAUAUGUUCAUCAAUAUCAGAGUUUUAAUAUUGUUCAUAUUUUAUUGUUUAUUGAAUAAAAUAAUUUAUUUUAA